CAUCAUAUUGCAUCAUUAAAAAAGAUUGGAUGCCUGUUCAUUCUCUCGUGGAUAAUAAUCCUCGUUUCCUAGUAAAGACAAAAGAGGAGGCUCAAAAAAUUUGUCAGACAAAAAAUAUGCAUUUAUACGAGGCCAAACCUCUUUCAGAACUCACGAAAUAUUUGAAAGACACUAAUACAUUACAAGGAAAGCAAAUGAAAGAAAUUUGUAAAACGCAAAAAACCGGAAAAACCAAAGUAUAUUUUGAGAGUUUUAUAACAAACGAGAAUCGUUUGUUUUAUGCUACUAAGUAUCCGGUAGAAGUAUACGAAGGAAUUGCGGGAUUUACAGAACGAGCUUAUUUGAGGAAAUAUAAUUUGAUUUUUGCCUGGGAUGAAAGGAAUGCAAUCAUGCUCGUGAAAAAUGAAUCACUGAUUCUGAUUCAACAUGUAACAAAGCCUGUACCUUACUUUUGUGCUAAGCAUUCAACACCAGCCAUUACACCAGACUGGACUUUUCUUACCAGCACUACACCAAGAAAGGAGACUCAGCAAGAUACAAAACUCAGCACAGGCUUCGAUGAAACUCUGCCAGACACUACUGACGUUACAGAUUUGGAAGAUUUCACAUUCAAUUGCAUCAUCAAAAAAGACUGGCUUCCUAUUGAGCACUUGCUAGCUGGAAAUUAUUAUUUUACGAAAAAGAAAUACAAGGAAGCUCAACGAUUGUGUAACUCGAAAAAUAAGCAUUUGUACAAAACCAAAUCUCUAAUUGAAUUAGAGGCGGAUCUGCAAGCAACUAAAAUAUUACAAGGAAUGAGAAUUAAAAGAGCUUGUAAACCAAAUACAAGCAUUAUUAAUAUUUUUACUUCUGAAGUGGAAUAUCUAAAUUAUGUAUUUAUAACUGACUUUGCGAUUGAAGUAUACGAGGGGAGUGUGGAAGAUCUAGGGGAACACAAUUUGAAGAAAUACGACAUAAAACAACAUGAAAAAGGUUACAUCGCAGUCCUGUUCCUGAAACAGGAUUUUGUAUUUUAUAUUCAGCUUUCUUCACAGAAAGUACCUUUCUUUUGCGUCAAUGAUGUCGGACCUCCAAGCACGACAACCACAUCUUCCUGGGAUUUUAUUACAAGUACUUCGUUAAGGGAUGGUACAUCAGAUUCUGCUAGCAUCACAGAAGUCAAAGAUACGAAUUCUGACUGCAUCAUCAAGAUGGAAUGGAUUCCUUAUUGCCCAGUAACGGAUGAAGUUGGUCUAUGCUCCGCCGACAACUUAACGAACGCUGAAAAUAUCUGCCAACAGAAUGGUAUGGACUUCUACCAUCCCAAAUCCGUUGAAGAGUUCCGAGAGGAUUUGUCUGCGCUUCAGUUUCAUGCUUUCAUUGAAAAGAGAAACUACUAGGGUCCAUUACUGGACUCGAAUAGAAUAUCCUUUUUUUAUUAUACGAAUUUCUUCAAGUGAAAUAUAUCAAUGGGUGACGGAUAAAAUGAAAGAUACCGAUAGGUCGAAAUAUAAUUUGGAGAAAGACGA